AUGCUGAAGAUAAAUCGGUUGAAAGUGCUUGUGAUCCUGGCCCUGCCAGCAACAGCUCUCAUCUGCUUCUCUCAGCUCCACACUUGUGAGAGUCCCCGGAAGGAGGAGCCGGCCCAGACGCACAUCCUCAUCCUCUCCUCUUGGCGGUCAGGGUCUUCCUUUGUGGGCCAGAUCUUCAGCCAGCAUCCGGACGUCUUCUACCUGAUGGAGCCAGCCUGGCAUGUGUGGGUCACCAUGCACCAGAGUAGCGCCAAGGCGCUGCAGAUGGCGGUGCGAGACCUCGUCCGGUCUGUCUUCAAGUGCGACAUGUCCGUCUUUGAUGCUUACAUGUCUGAGCAGAGGAACCAGAGGGCGCUCUUCCAGUGGGAGGCCAGCCGGGCCCUGUGCUCCCCCCCGGCGUGCCACCUUUUCCAGCGCAGCGACAUCAUCUCCAAACAGGCCUGCAAGACCCUCUGUGGCAAGUACCCUUUCCGCAAGGUAGCACAGGCCUGCAAGACCUACAGCCACGUGGUGCUGAAGGAGGUCCGGCUCUUUAACCUCAAAGCACUCAACUCCCUCUUUGCCGACCCUUCCUUGAACCUCAAGAUCAUUCACUUGGUCCGGGACCCCAGGGCUGUCUUCCGCUCCCGCGAGCACACGGCAGGCGACCUGGCCCAGGACAGCGGCAUUGUGGUGGGGCACAGGAGUGAGCUGAGGAAAACGGAGCCUUAUGCUGUGAUGCGGGAGAUUUGCAAAAGUCACCUUGAGAUGUACACCCAGGGCAGCUGUGCCCUUCCAAGCCACCUCCAGGGCCGCUACCUCUUGGUGCGCUAUGAAGACAUUGUCCGGGACCCCCUAGCCCUGGUUGUCCAGCUGUACAGGUUCGCAGGGCUCCAUUUAAUUCCCCGCCUCCAGUCCUGGGUGCACAACAUCACCCACGGGCACGGUCUUGGCACAGAGGCCUUUGAUGUUGGGUCCCGGGAUGCAGUGAAUGUGUCCCAGGCCUGGAGGAAGACCCUUCCUUAUCCCAAAGUGGCAAAGCUGCAGGAGGCAUGUGAGGAUGCCAUGGGGGUACUGGGCUACAGGCUGGUAAGGUCGGAGGCAGAACAGACAAACAUGUCACUGAGCCUCUUACAUCCUCAGAAGUCCCUUGCCCAGCCGGGAAAAGGGUCACCUCCAGCUUCAGGUUCCUGGAGCUUCCAGAAGCAGGACCUGCCAUGCCAGGCAAGAACCACAUAG